AUGGACGACGAAGAUAUUCAACUACCAGCACUUCCGUCAACCCUACCAGAUCCCCAGCUUCCACGGUUGCCGUUCUCUCAGAUCAAGUCCCGCAAACGCUUCAUUCGCUCGGACGAAGUCACUGAUGCAGAUAUCUUAUCUGGCUCAGCACGUACCUCAUCGGACCCAGCACUUUUCUCGAGUGACGAAACUCCCGACGCUGAGAACUAUGCUGCUCCCAAACGGCGCAAGAAGCAGACGUACGCUGGUACUUGGUGGGGUGCUCGCAUGGCACGUACAAGAGCUGGAAGUCAUGGUCUAAGCAGCGACGGCAGUUCCCGAAGAGGUGGGAAACGCAGAUUCACGCGUAACUUCGACUCUGGCAUCUUCAUGUGCAGUGACGAUAGCAAUACAGAACCUAGCUCGGAUUCUAGUUUUGGUAGGGAGCUGGUCGAGGAGCAAAAGCGCAGCGUCAGAAAGAGCUUUCUGCAGCAAUCACAAUCUCCAGUCAGAUCGCAGCCACCAAGCCCACAGGUUAUAUCGCCACAGCGCAUGCGCGUCAAGCAAGACGUGAUGCGUGACUCUAAGGAAGACCUUGUACUCUCCGUUAUUCGCACGUGUGUAGAGCAAUGUAAGGAGGAUGUGGAUUUAUCGAAUAUGAGCAUAGACACACUGCCAGCCGAGCUUCGCGAACUGGCGACUAUAGUCAAAGACGACCCUGCAGAUCUGGCACAAUUUGAGUCAUUGGUAGCACGUCCUCGGCUAUAUCUUUCCAAUAACCUCAUAAGGGAGUUCCCAACUCCAAUCCUUGAGCUGAGCAACCUUCGACUGCUCAGUAUUCGGCAAAAUAAGCUCACUAGGUUGCCACCUGGCAUACGCAACCUAACCAAACUAGAGACACUGAACAUCUCUGGGAAUCGACUACAGCACUUACCUGUGGAAGUACUCGACUUGAUGGCACAUCAUCGGCUUUCCGAGUUGCAUAGCGAGCCAAACCCGUGGAUGUGGUACUCCACCAACCACGUGGGCAACUACGCCCCUUACUCGACAAAGCGGCGGUUGAGCUACGACAACAAAGCUCGCAGGAACGACAUGACAUUUGAUAUCUCGGCAGGCUUAGUGGCAGCUCGCGAGCAAGUCAACGAGAUGACAGCCGCAGCCAGCACAAACCAGCCGAAAAGCAGUGUGCCACGCCUAUCAGAACUUGUCCUCCGCCAGCUCUCACAGGUCAACAACUCGAAAACUGAUCUUUCAGCACUCCUACCUAGCGACGCUCCUCCAACGGUCACAACCAUGCUCGGAGACUUGUAUACUGCUCAGACAGAAGGAGGCCGACGUUGCGCAUGUUGUCAGCGAUUGUACAUCAACCCAGCGCGAAGAUGGAUAGAGUGGUGGAGGGUUUGGGUUAGGAUGGCAGUAGCGGAAAACCCUGUGUCGGGGUUGCACAGACCGCACCUUUCUAGCGAUCAGACCUUGCCGUUUGAGGUUGGUAUAUGUGAGGCUUGUGCUUGA